AUCUCACGAGGGAAAUAUGACGAGCUAACUGUAUAUCAGUAGUGGAGAAGCCUACAAUAAAAGUAUGGGGGCUUCUCAAAGUUCAGAUAGCGGGGGACCUGAUGUUCAUUUCACAGAUGAAGAGAAGGAUAAUAUUUCUCAAAUGUUUACUAAGAUAUCUCAUGGCAAUAAGACAAUUUCAAAAGAACAGCUACAGUUCCACACAGGCCCUGUCCUGGGACAAGAGUUGAGCCUCAGCAUGUUCUGUCUGAUGGAGUUGUCUGGAAAACGGCAUCAGCCUGGGGGCGGCGUCGAUCUGCAGCAGUUCUUGCAGUGUCUGUCUAGUUUGCUACGAGGCAGCGUGACGGAGAGGUCGACUGCUCUUUUACAUCUGGCAACAAGGGGAAAGUCAGAAGCAACACCUCAGCAACUAAUUAAGUGUGUGACAAUGCUGAUAUACAGUUUUGCAAGAAUUGCAGAGAAACAUGAUGAGUAUAAAAGUUGGGUGUUGCAUCGAAGUGAAGAAUCCUACUCGCAACUUGCCCUCUGUCUUUUGGAGGAUCUCUUCCAUACAGGUCCUGCCAAAGACAUUGGCAUGGGAGUUCCUGUGGUACCAGACAAUACUACCUUUCAUCAGAGUCAAAUAGAAGACUGCAUUUCUAAAUCACAGCUGUUCCUCCAGAUGUUUGAACAGAUCUUCUCCGGAUGUUUUCAUGUACUCUCAAAGGAGGAAGAAGUGGCCCACCAUCUGACCCCACGGGUACCAGUGGCCGGCUGUAUCAACUGGGCCAAGGUCAAGAGCAUCCUAGACUUUCCCUCCCUCAUCUUCCUCAACUCGGUGCUGCCCCCUGACAAGCAGAUGGAGUGGCGCUUCCUCUACUCCAACCUUGUGUUCGGGGACAGCUUCACCCAGCUGGUACAGAAGAUCACCAAACAGGGCCCCACUGUCGUCAUCAUCAGGGACAAGGAUGGGCAUGUGUUUGGGGGCUAUGCAAGUCAGGACUGGGAUUUUAAUCCUAAGUUUGCAGGUGAUGCUCAGUGUGAGUUGUUCAGUCUGAAGCCACACUAUGGGGCGUAUACCACCACGGGGUACAACGACCACUACAUGUACUUCAACAACCACGUCCAGACUCUGCCCAAUGGGUUGGGCAUGGGAGGACAGUUCGACUACUUCGGUCUGUGGAUCGACCACACCUUCAACAACGGACACAGCAAGGCAGGGCCACGAUGCACCACGUACGGCAGCCCACAGCUGUCUGGGAAGCCUGACUUUGAGGUGGACGUUAUCGAAGUGUGGGCGGUGGGACCGGAGAAGAAAACAGACGAUGAAGACAUCACAGACGAGUCAAGAAAGAAGAAGAGCAUCCUGGACAAGGACCCCGAGGCCCAGGCGAUGUUGACGCUGAUCGGGAAGGGUCCUGUCAGUGAGGGGCUGCGAGAGGAAGAUGACACUGCCGGCAAUCCGGAACACAGCAAAGUUGUCUCCCUCUUCUAGGGGCAGAUACUAGCGGGGAGGGAUAGUAAGAGCUCUGCAUUUGAUAUUUGCUCACUGGAUAAUGCUAAAGGUUCUGAAAAAUGUUUCGUAGGCCAGAAGAAUUGUUUGGCUCCUUCUUUAAGAACAAGAUUGUAUGUUUUGAAGCACUGAUAGAAAAAAUAGUUUGUCUCAAACAAAAGUGCCAGGCUCGACUUCACCCUACCCCCAUUAAAUGGUUGGUCCAUAUGAUACUAGUUUAAUAGGCCAUGACCACAUGCAUGUGGGGAUACAAUGUAGUCAGUAUUUAUUUGGGGUGUAAUGUUUCUCCACGACAUACCAGCCUCAUGAUAGCUUAGUGGCAACACACUGAAGUAUGUGGCUGUGAUCUGACAUGUCCUAAUACAGAUAUAGGUGACUGUCAUGAUACACGACACACUGUGUUACAGUCAGUGUUUGAGUCAACAUUUGUCACUUGUCCUGGUCAGGCAGAUAACCAUUGUGAUUAUUUGUUCUGUAGGAAUGAUUAUCAGGCUCUGUGGAAGUCAAAAUUGCUUCAAUCUAGAUAUUGUUUUCCACAUUCCUGAUUCUUAUGGUCAGCAAGUCCAUAAACCAUUAAUAUAUAGAAAAAUUCUUUACUUAGGAAAAUAAUAACAUAAGAUAGAUUUCAGUCUUGAACCAACUGUGAUAAAAUAUAGUUAAUAUAAUAUGUUUUUGAAGUUUGAUCACCAUGGCAGUGCUGUUGCCAGCCGGGGUUGGGGGGGGCAGUUGCCCCCCCUGGAUUUUUUAUUGAAAUCAUUUUUCCUUGUGAAAGUUAACUUGAAUAAGAAAUGAAUAAUCUUAUUUGCCCCCCUGUCAAAAAAGUUAACUACGGCCUUGCAUGGGAUAUGUUGUCAUGGAUGUUGGAUUCAGCCAACUUGUUGGAAACUAAGAAAUUGGCACUCUGUUGCAUUUUCUCAAAAACAUGUUGGAGGUAUUGAGUUUUGGUACGUCUCUAGAUCAUGUCGCAGACUUGCUCUAUGUUGGAAAGGUCAGGGCUCAUGGCCAGCCAUUGCAUUCUGGUGAUGUUUCACUGCUGGAGGUAGUCAGUUGCGUUAUGUGCAGGGUGGCCAUGAGAUUCUUGUCCUUAUUCAUGGGACUUGAAUAGCCAUGACAAGACAUUGAUCAGUUAGGUUUACAUGUACAAUAUCAACUCGAUUGAUAAAGCAAAGAUCCCUGAAUAUCCGGGGUAGAAUAGGUCUUCAGCAACCCAUGUUUGCCAUAAAAGGCGACUAUGCUUGUCGUAAGAGGCGACUAACGGGAUCGGGUGGUCUGCUCGCUGACUUGGUUGAUGCAUGUCAUC